CGAAAACACCAAACCUCACAUCGUCAGCCGCCCACGGUUAUGUGCCUUUUGGAGCAACGAGAAAGCCUGCCAGUACAGCACGGGUGGUGACGGCUAAUAUGUUCGAAUUGUCCGCGCCAGCAACCGGCGACUGUCGCCGCAUGGCUGAGAUCCACGUGCGGGCGAUGGACGCAAACCCGCUCCUGCACGCGCAAUUUCCAACCGUCGACAGCAUCCGCCGUCUCGAGGUUUUCCUGGCAGGGCACUACGAGUCCACCAUAGCACCAAGGAGUCCAGGACGGUCUCGGGCCCUGGUCGCCCGGCACUUGCCCUCACGUCAGAUCGUCAGCUUCGCCGCCUGGGACGUGCCGGCCGAGGUGGAGGCCGGUGAGGUGGCCGAGGAGGAGAGGCUCGAGAGCGGUGACAUCACAAAGCUAAAGGGCUGCCAGAAGCAGUACCUAGAGAACUAUGCGGCGCUUUCGGCCAGCGCCGCGGUGGAGGCACUCAAGGGCGAAAAAUGCUACCACCUGGAAUUUGUCUGCACCGACCCUCAGUUCCAGCGCAUGGGCGCCGGGGAGGCGCUCACGCGUGCCGUGAUGGCUGCGGCACAGGCGGACGGCAUGCUUCCAGUUUACCUCGAGAGCACCACCGUGGCGGCAGCGCUAUACAAGCGUCUCGGGUUUGUGACCCUGGGCGGCUUUGGCAUGGAUAUCCCAAAGAGAGGCUCGGCGGAGCCGACCGAGGACUACCGCGAGAUCUGCAUGGUGUGGCGGCCAACCAAGACGGGUUGAGCAGGUCAGCCGGCGGUGCGGCUCGCGCCGGUUCAAGCAAAGACAUGUGACAACUUUAACCCCUGCGGUGAGGGGCUGGCUCCAAGUGGUUGUGGCUGGUGGCUGGCACCAAUGCUCGCUUGACACCUCGCCGUCACUUACUCGGAAUGACGACAUUUUAUUCUUAUUCUCAUUUCCUACAGUGGAGGUUGGGGCCGAUUUGGGACCGUCAUCACGUGUGCGCCUC